AGUAGAACCGGAAGGUAGCGCUGCUUGACGCUACGUGUCCCUGUCAGUUCGGUGUUCGGCUAGCAGACAAGCGUGAUUGGGAUGUAACAGUAAUUUAACAAACAAGCAAAACAUCGCUAAUUGAGAUUAGCCAUGGAUAUCGCGCUGUAUUUAAUAGCCGCGGCGAUCCUCAUCGUGCUGAUUGUGUUUGCCGUGAAGGUGCGGGGGAAGGCUGAGGAAGCUGAUAGGGAGCACAGGCAGAAUGUCGUCCAGGCCGUGGCGCGUCCUCAGCAGGUGGCGGAGGAGCGGGGUGCAGGCAUGCCUCGACGGCGGAGGAACCUCAACGCCAGGGUGAUGGCCCAAAGACGUGCCCAGAGAGACGUGUCUGACACUGAGGAAAACCUAUUGGAGCUGGCAGCUGCAGAAGAGGAGGAGGAAGAGGUGGAACUGCAGCCCCAGGCCCCGGGCAAAGUGGGAGCCAAAAAGCAGAGAAAGCUGGAGGAGAAGCAGGCAAAGAGAGCCCAAAGAGAGGCUGAGCAGGAGGAGAGAGAGGAGAGGAAGAGGUUGCAGGAGCUCAGAGAGCAGGAGAGACUAAAGGAGGAGGAGAGAGAGAGAUUGCUGGAGCAGAAACAGGAGGAAGAGGAACGCCUUGCAAAGGAGGCACAGGAGAAGAGGGAGGAGGAGGAGUACCUCCGCCUCAAAGCAGCCUUCGUGAUAGAGGACCAAGGAGAAGCCGAGCAGCUCACCGAGGAUGAGUCGCGCAACCUCCUGCAAGAAUUCAUCCGGUACAUCGAGGACUCAAAAGUUGUUCUGCUGGAAGACUUGGCUUCACACUUCGGGAUGCGUACGCAGGACGCUAUUGCCAGACUACAGGACCUGUUAGCUGAUGGUUCCCUCACAGGCGUGAUUGACGACCGAGGGAAGUUCAUCUCGAUCACGCCAGAGGAGCUGAACUCAGUGGCUGAGUUCAUCAAGCAGAGAGGAAGAGUAUCCAUCACGGAGUUGGCGUGGGCUAGCAACUCGCUCAUCAACCUCAUCCCGGAGAUCCAUACCACUGCCUGAUGGACCCUUUACUUUCCAGUAUCCACUGUUAUGUGGACACUGGUGAUUUGUUGGACUGACAUUUGGAGUUUAACAAUAGGACAUCAAGUAUUUAACAGGCCAGACCUGAUUAAUACUGCAGCCCACUGAAACCACGAUGACUAAAAGUUUCUUCACUUGAAAAUUUUAACAAGUGAUGAACGGCCUCGGUUUAUUUUUAUUUUUUGCAUUGAGCGUGUCCCGACAAAAGGUAUGACAACAAUGCUGAGAGGUUUUGCUGAUUAAAAUUAAGCAAAAUGCUUGAGAAUAAAUGUUGAAAUAAACAUUUUAGUCCAGAGAUUUGACAGCCAUUUGCAAUUGGUUCUGUUUUGAAUUUGCGUACCACACCAUAGAUAACAACGGUGACUUUGGAUGAAUACAAAUAUGGUAUGCCUGUAUUUAAAUCUAAUAAAGUUCAGUUGAGAA